AUGCCGCGCCGCUGUCGCAUCCACUUCGUCUCGCUACGCUCAUCCCUCGUGAACCUCCCAAUAUCGCUCUAUGGGCCGCUCGUCGAGCGUGGAAUUAGGCCUCAAUCCCUCGCGGUACAUUUGACCCUCGUCUCCGGCUCUGGUGCGCCGAAGAGUGCCCUAAAGCGCGAGUUAUAUGUCGGCUGGACGGGCAUGGCGUCCGCGUCCUCGCUCGCGCACUUCAACUCCGGGGAGGCGGGGGACCGUGGGCUGGAGACGGUGGAGAUAGACCCGCAGUAUGCGGAGGGGCUGGGAUUAGCUCUCGGAGAUGUGGUCGAGAUUGGACUGUUGCAUGACCUCGGCUACGCCAAGUCCGUCGCCACCGAGCCCGCGACCUCAGACGACUGGGAGAUCCUGGAACUGCACGCGUCCCACGUGGAAUCUACUCUUCUCUCUCAAGUGCGUGUUGCAGUAGUGGGGCAGGAGAUCGACGUCUGGGUCUUGGGGCGUACCAGGGUGCGACUAAACGUCGUGUCGCUGGAGCCAUCUGCCGGAAAGGCGCUACUGCUGACGGCGAGCACCGAAGUGAGCAUUGCGCCGAAAGUGCGCAGCAAGACGAAGGGCGCGAAGGCAGGCUCCGACGCAAAGGCCGCACAGAAGGCCGCCCCACUUGCGAACGGCGUGAACGGCGACCAUGCACCUUCUCCGGAGAAAAAGAGUGUCUCUGGUCUGUCUAGAACGCUACGCCUCCUCCCUAAACGCAUGCUGGUCGGCGCACCACAAGCCCAUAGUGUAUCCGACGGCCCUGAAACACCCAUCGCAUACGUGUCAUACACCACGUUAGCAGGUUUGCGGCCCACACAGCCCCCUUCAUCACAGCUGCAUGCUUGGCGAGCUAGCAUACGACGCAUACCUCCUCCAGCAAACCCUGCCAGGGAGUCGGAGCCUGCAUCGGCCCCAAGCCAACGGGCCCCGCGUGUGCUUAUACCUAAUGGCGAGGCAGGAUCAUCGAAGGCUUCCGCGGCUGCGAGCACUCCCCCUCGAAAUGAGGUUGUGGUGGUGUGGUCCCCGGAUGUGUAUGUCCCCGACGGGCAUGUUUCGCUCCAGGCAGGGUGUGAUAAUGCAGAAGAUUGGGACCUGAUUAGAAUAAGCUUCGUGAGGGAAGAGAGCAGUCGCGCUUUGCCGCCGUACCAGGCACCAACGCUGCCAUCCCCAGUCCAAUCUACCGCAAGUUCAGCAUACGGACUAGCUGGCGUAGACGAGUUGUUCUCAAAAUGCACGCAGUACUGCCUGACAUCAUACGCCAACCACGCUUUCAGCACACGCGUACGGGGAGUUCCCGGGCUGCUAGUGACAGGGCGAAGCGGGGCUGGCAAGACAGCUUUGUUGCACGCGGUAUCAAAUGCCAUGGAAGACGACCCACGGACGCUCUGCUUUACUCUUUACGUCGACCUGAGCCGCUUCUCGGGCUCUCCAGUAGCGAAAGUCCGCACGCACAUGAAGUACUGGAUGGAGAAGGCGGCAUGGCGCAAACCCUCCCUCCUCAUCCUCGAUAACAUCGACAAACUCAUGGGCACCGAGCUUGAGCACGCGGACUCCUUCCACACCAGGCACAUCACUGAGCUUUUCCUGGCUCUAUUUGGCUCCUCUUCACGAUCGGCUGCUCCCAACGCCAGCGGGGUCGUCCUUCUCGCCGCCGCAGAGUCGCAGGCGGCUCUCCAUCCUUUGCUGAACUCGUCGCAUAUAUUCAAGGAGGUUGUACAUCUCAAGCCUCCAUCGAAAGACGCUCGGAAGGAGGUCUUGGCCCACAUUGUAGAUGAACAUAUGAGCUCGUCCGAUAUCAUCCAAGACCCCGCCGCGCCUCUAAACUAUACCGCGCUCGCCACGCAGACGGAAGGGUACUCCGUCACAGACCUCAAGGACCUUGUCGCACGGGCAGUCCAUCGAGCGGCCAUCCGCUCGUCACAGCUUGACAGCAGCAAUGCUGACGAGGCCCAGCAGACGACGCUCACACCAACAGACUUCGCCGCGGCACAGGUCGACUUUGUGCCGCACUCUUUGCGUGACGUAAAGUUGCAGAAGUCCGAAGUCGUGUGGGCAGACAUCGGAGGCCUGCAGGACACGAAGCGUGUCCUGCGCGAGACGCUCGAGUGGCCGACGAAGUACGGGCCCAUCUUCGCGCAGUCUCCAUUACGGCUUCGUUCCGGGUUGCUGUUGUACGGCUACCCUGGGUGCGGAAAGACGCUGCUCGCGUCCGCAGUCGCGAAGGAGUGCGGCCUGAACUUUAUUAGCAUCAAAGGUCCCGAGCUACUCAACAAGUACAUCGGCGCGAGCGAGAAGUCGGUGCGCGACCUGUUCGAGCGGGCAAGCGCCGCGAAGCCCUGCGUGCUCUUCUUCGACGAGUUCGACUCCAUCGCUCCCAAGAGAGGACACGACAGCACAGGCGUGACAGACCGCGUGGUCAACCAGAUGCUCACACAGAUGGACGGCGCCGAGGGCCUGGACGGCGUGUACGUGCUCGCCGCGACGAGCCGUCCGGACCUCAUUGACUCGGCCCUCCUCCGGCCCGGCCGUCUGGACAAGUCCCUGCUGUGCGACAUGCCCUCGCUCGAGGACCGCAUAGAGAUCCUGGACGCGCUCCGCCGGAAAGUGGCGAUCGCGCCGUCAGUGGACCUCGCCGAGCUCGCGCACGAGACGGAGGGAUUCUCGGGCGCGGACCUGCAGGCGCUCGUGUACAACGCGCACCUCGAGGUCAUUCACGACACGAUCUCCGCGUUCCCGUCUUCGGAAGGGUCGACGACUGCGGGUACCGCAUCGGGUGCGGAGGGUACCGAGCCAGUCAAGUACACGGUCCUUGGCGGACAGUCCGGCGACCGCCGCGUCCUGUCGCGCGCGGAGGAGUCGGCGUUCCAGCGGCGGCUGCAGCGCAUAAUGACUGGCGCAUCAAUGGACAAGGACAGGGGGCGGGCGGGCCCGUCCUCGACCGCGAGUGCGCCCAAACCCAAGGCGAGACACGAGAUCGGUGGGGAACACCUACGGCGCGUGCUGGGGGUCACACGGCCGUCUGUGCCUGCUGAGGAGCGCGAGCGGUUGCGCAGGAUAUACAGCGCGUUCGUUGCGGACAGAAGCGGAGAGAUGCCUGUUCCGCCUGAAGUGGGAGGCAUCGGUAAUAGGGCGUCGCUUGCGUAACCCAUGUUGUCCUGUGGUGCUCUUCAAGAAGCAACACUGGACGUAUGUAUUGGACAGAGGAAGCUCUCGGGAUGCCUGCCCACAUACGGCUUCUAUCGGUCUAUCCCAGCGGAGGGAUAUCUUCCUCCACAAACCCUGGUUAGGCCUGUCUGCAUGCUUAUCUGGAUUUUGGGGUUCUGUAUGUCGAUACUCACGCCGUUGGAUGUUCCGUGAUCGUCGCCAGCCUGGGCGUGCGGACUCAUUUCGGACAUUGACAAGUCGCGGACAGUGCCGGAGAGCCUGUAGAUGGAAUAUGGUCUUUAUCCCCUUGAUGUUCGACGGAUCCUGCGCCGUGGCUGGCAA